AUGCCAGUCCGCUCACUAUAUCUUGCCAAGUCCGGCGGAGGCGCAAACCAACGCUCUCAUUUCGCUCUCUUCAUUCCCAACGCAGAAUAUGAUCGGAACACUGUCAGUGAAGACUUUCGAUCUCUCAAGGCUAUUGGCACAAGGAUUCAUGUUGUUGGAGAACCACUAAUGUCCGGUUUUGCAUUCCAGGUUCACAGGAACUACAACACUCAAGCCUACGCUGACCUGAAGAGCUUGGUCUUUCUUGGGAAGAUCGACGAUUCAAUUCUUUGCGACUCUCCCGAAACUGAAACGGAGAUCAGAGAGAUAACACCGCGGAGUAUUAUCGAACGACUUGCAGAGUGUGUAACUCCACCUCCCAGAGGACAAAACAUACGUGCACCCAUUGAUGGGAUGUCAGGAAUGGACGAUGGAGGUUCUGACAAUUCUAGUAGCGAGAGGGCUACUUUCUCCAGAAGCUACGAGAAUUGCACAGAGGGAAAGGGAUUCACCAAGUAA